UUCUUUAUGAUUAGUUGCUAGGUGCUUUAUGACUUGAUCUUUUUCUUGCCCUCUUCAGCACAAGUAGUUUGGUGUAAUGCACGCUCUAUCCCUCAGAACGGAUGGCCUCCUGACAAGCUGGCUAUUCGAACAGUCUGAGGGAUGAUGUUGCUGCAGCAAAAACUGAGUUACAUUUAAAGCACUUUACUACUGGGGAUGGAAGACGAAUAAUCUCAGAAAACAGCGCACAGAAAGAGGUGGGCCAGCCAGCUUAACUUUGUGAAGGCUCAUUUGGACCCUAACCUGUGGGCUACUGCGAAGAGCCAUGGGGGUGUUGAUGUCCAAGCGGCAGACAGUGGAGCAGGUGCAGAAGGUGAGCCUGGCUGUAUCUGCCUUCAAGGAUGGGCUGCGGGACAGGCCUUCCAUCCGACGCACAGGUGAGCUUCCAGGGUCUCGCCGUGGCACAGUAGAGGGCUCUGUCCAGGAGGUACAGGAGGAGAAAGAAGCAGAGACAAGUACCCCAGUACUCCAGGAAGAAAGCACUGUCAACCGCGCUGCCUGGGAGAGGCUCCGGGACGGGCGUGGAGUGGAGCCUGAGGAGUUUGACAGGACCAGUCGUUUCACACCCCCUGCCUUCAUCCGCCCCACCCGGAAGCUGGAUGACGACAAGCCUCCAGAUAUCUGCUUGGAGCCCAGAGAGCCUGUUGUCAAUGAUGAGAUGUGUGAUGUCUGUGAGGUCUGGACGGCCGAGAGCCUCUUCCCAUGCAGGAUCUGCACCAGGGUUUUCCACGAUGGCUGCCUGCGCCGCAUGGGCUACAUCCAGGGAGACAGUGCCGCGGAGGUGACCGAGACUGCCCACACGGAAACAGGCUGGAGCUGCCACUACUGUAACAACCUCAACUUGCUGCUAACUGAGGAGGAAAUGUACAGCCUCACAGAGACCUUUCAGCAGUGUAAAGUCAUCCCUGAUUGCUCCCUGACACUGGAGGACUUCCUGCGCUACCGCCACCAAGCAGCGAAGCGGGGGGACAGUGACAGGGCUCUCAGUGAGGAGCAGGAAGAGCAGGCAGCUCGUCAGUUUGCAGCCCUGGACCCUGAACACCGAGGACAUGUAGAGUGGCCUGACUUCUUGUCCCAUGAGUCCCUCCUACUUCUGCAGCAGUUGCGUCCCCAGAACUCUCUGUUGAGGCUUCUGACAGUCAAGGAGCGGGAGCGAGCCCGAGCCACCUUCCUGGCCCGGGGCAGCGGAAGCACCAUCAGUGAGGCAGAGUGCCACCGUGCCCAGCACUCUUGGUUCUGCAAACACCUCACAGAGGCUCCUUCCUGCAGUGUCAGCAUCAGCCAAGUGGGUCCCAUAGCAGACAGCAGCCCAGCCGGCAGCAGCAGCAAGAGUCAGGACAAGGCCCUGCUGCCCUCAGAGCCUGAGUCCAGAUCUGUGGACUGGCCUACUUUCCUACAGGAGAAUGUCAUCUACAUCUUGGCUGCUCGCCCCAACAGUGCAGCCAUUCACCUGAAACCCCCAGGAUAGCAUGGAGCAGAGAAGCUCAGUUCGGUGACAGUGGCGUUCUCUUCCUCCUUUCCUUCCCCCUUUCCCCGACCAACCUCUGGUACUGAGACUUACGGGGAUGGAGCACUGUCCACAUGUCAAUUUGUCACUAAGCUUUAUGGCGCUGAAAUCACCAUUCCCCUUCACAACAGAGGCAGUAAAUGCAUUGCCACAGGGAGAAGCCCUAGGAGCUGUGGCAACAUCCACUUCGGACCACGCCCUGACUCCACACCGUAGACUAGACCUACCACCGCACACAGCCACACACACAUGCACGCCUAGCUGCCCAGGCCUUCAGAGACUUGGUUCUUUUUGGUUGAAAAAGGACCAAAGUUCUUUUGUGAAACCCCUGGUAUAGAUGAGGGGGUCUCUACUCAGCCCUUCUAUUAGCCAGUCCUAAUUUCCAAUAGAUCAGUCUCUGGCCAAGUGGUUCUUAAUAAGGGGGCAUAUCAGACUCACAUGCUCUCAUAGAGAUGCUGACAGGCUCCCUCUUCCCACACUAAAAAUCCCUUCCUGUGAGCCACUGUACUGGUAGAUGUAUGCUAUGUCCCUUGAUGUGUUGGGGUGGGGAAAUGGUUGAAAACCACCACUGCACAUCAGCCCAUUGUUUAUUUAAAUUCCAAUUCCUGGUGACAGAGAAGACAACUAAUAUGUGGAGUCCAAGUUAGAAAAGGUGGAGGCAGCCCCUCCCAGGGAUCCAGAAUUCUAGAAACAUCUCAGCCAGGUCAUUCAAGUCUAAAAGUCUUUAUUUAGCAAAAGAGUCAAACUAAGGUGAGCCAUCCUGGCCCAUUUUUAAGAUGGGCGCUCAUGGCCCAGAACCCAAGGAGAACAUGUAUGAUGGCAGGAGUCGCAGCCCUCUGGGUUAGGUGCUUCACCCAGGUCAGCUACCACAGAGACCCAAAGCCUGAGCUCCAAUGAGAACAAGGUCUGGAUGGAAGAGGAGAGGAGAAGGCUCAUGCUUUUCCAUCCUUCCAGCUCAACUCAAUUGUAGACCUAGAAAAGUGUGCUGUGGUAUGGAGUGCAGAGCCAGCCUCUUCCAUAGCCCAAGAAAGAGCAACUCCACAGAAGCCCUAAGCAGGGACUCCUUUCAGCCACCUGACAAUGAGGAUAAGAGACUGGAGCUAAGAAGAGGAUUUGCAUCUCAACUCUUUUGAGCAGAAAAAGUCCCAGAAAAGCCUCACAGAAGGCGGAGGUGUUCCCUUCUCCCUGUUACUGAGAUAGAGCCUGAGCUGCUGCUUCCCCAACUGCUUACUGCAUAUCCCACCCCACCAGCCUAGGGCCUGGGCCUGGCAUGGAAAGACUUCUGGGGCAAGAAGAGGCUGCCACAAAGUCACCAAGUCUGGUCUCCAAGCCCCCGCUGUCCUUCCUAAGUUCUCAUCAAGUUCUCUAGUAAGUGCAUGUUGUGGGUCAGCACUGGCCCUGAGGUCCAAGUUUCUGACUUAGGUUUAGCCUAAGGUCUGACUACCAAGAGCUAUUCAAUAAGAGACUGGGUCAGUCAUACAGAAGCUAACACAUUGCAUUGCUCAAGGCAUUUCUACAGAAGCAGCGUACAGCUCAGUGUUGCUCAGAGAAAAGGGGAGAGCUAUAACCAGGGGCAUGGAAAGAGCACUAUAUGGUCUCCUCCUGUAAAGACUGCCUCACCUAGAAGCCGAGUGAGACGCUUCUGGGGUUGGAUGAUUUAGGACUGAAAUGAAGUAGACAGAAGAUGAAUAUACAUUCAUGUGUAUGGCUCUGAACAUUUCAAAACCCACAGCUCUUUGUAAAUGCUCCUUAGCCAUACUCCCACGACUAAUCAGUAGGAGAGGGCCAUUAAUCAGUCUAGCCAAAAAGAAAGAAAGCACAUGACUCUUGGGCCCAAGGACUGCAUCUGAAGCAGCCAGGCCUGGGGUUUGCACUGAGAAGAUUAAAGCACAUUAAGCACGGGGGCUGUUGCUUACUCUACUGGCAGAUCACCUUCUGUGCCAAUGGCCUUGGGCUGCUUGAUCUCACGGACAGGGCAUUUUGAGUAGAAACAAGCUCUGGGCUUUGAGAGCUAAAUAGAUUUAUUUCUCCUGCUUCGUCAUCAGUCACAAGGACUGGAUGUCCAUCUUCUUGUUCCCUGAUUCUUCACAGACCAAGGUGAUGCCUACCUCUCUGGAGCUGCAGCUUCUAGCUUUCUUUGGGUGAGUGGUAAAGACUGGGCCAGAUCGGGCCAGCUGUAUCCCAGGGCCUGGCAAAGCAGGCCUCAGAGCUCUUCCACAACAGGAUCAGGCCCAUUUGGGAUCACUCCUCUCCCUCUAGUCCAGGACGGCAAGUUCCCUGAUGAGGGUGUGCUGCAAAGGGUACAGGGUACAUGGCCCCCAGCAAAGGAUAGAAUUCCCAGUCCAUAAGAGUCCUAGGAAGCAGAGAAGCAUGGAAAAGCAACCAGCGUCUUCUCUAUGGGCAUCUAGAUUUUUACCAAAGGAGAGGAUCCAUUACUACCCCAGUCCAGAGUUGCAGAAGGUCCACCCAGCCCCUUUCUGGGAUCUCCCUUUGCAGUGUCCUAAUCCAUGGAGCCCCUCUGCAGUACAUAUGGAGACAUUCAAACUUUUAUAAACCUAGUAAAGCCCAUUCCCUUUCCUUGUCAAGCCCUUUCAUCACUGUGACUGUCUGAAAUUCUGCCAAUAAUGGAAAUCAGUGUCUGACUCUAAUAAGGGUAUGAGGAAAAUAUUUUGAUCUUUUCAUCUUGGCUGCCCAGAAUUGCAGAGAUAGUUCUCUUCCCAAGCUCCACCCACCCCACCCCCUAACCAAGGGAAGCUGAGGUUACAUAAAUGCUUCUCUGAAGGCUACUUGCCCUAAGUCUGUAUUUCACCCAGCAGUCCUCUUCUCCAUGCUUAGAGUUAAAAGACAGGGACAUCUGGAUUACAUAGUGGAGUCACAGAGACAGUCAGCUGAGGCAAUAGCUGUGGCCAGAUAGGCUCCUCAGGCCUGCUCCAUGGCUUCCUCCCCUGAAACCAGUCUUCCAGCAGAUGCAGGCACUGCGCUUUUGAGCAAUGGUCCACUUUGAUCCCAGGGAUGGAGCCAUCCUCUUGCUCCUAGGUACUGACCCCUCAAAGUGGUCUUCCUUUGAAGACAACCACGGCUGAAGCCAUAAGCACAUUGCCUCUUUCUGUCCUCAGCCUAAACAACUGGGGCUGCAGGGCAGACACUGGCCUUUCUGGCCCUGGUGCUCCCUAUGGGAUGUCACCCUGGCCUUGUUUGGUCAAAUCUGGGGUUCCCACAUUCUUGUCAACAAUAUGGGAAGAACAGAAUCAAACUGCCUGGGAAGAGGGUACCUCACUGCAGGUUGGAUUCAGGAUUGGGCCUAGGCUUAUAAGCCUCAACCUCAACUAUUGCAGGUCUCAUUACUUAGUAAGAAUGGUGCCAAGACGCUCUAAACACAAGAAGGAAGCUCAGCAGAAGCUGUCUGGUAGGCCCUCAGGCCAGCCAUAACCAGCCCAGAGUCAAGAGUAACCUCCAGGCACGACUGGCAGGCUCUAAUGAUCCUGCAGGCAUGUCCCCUUCAAACAAGCUGAGUAAAGGCAAAUACACACUUGGCAUUUAAAAGGCAGAACAAAACUGAUGCCAUAGUUUCAGGACAUCCAGGCACCUACAGUCAUAACCCCUUUUAACCACUCUAUUUACAGUGGAAUAAAAUUGCUACUUUCUUCACGUCA